GGCUGAGGUAGGAUGCAGGGUGCCUGCAGCCUUGAGGCUCUGAAAGCUGAAAUCACAGACUGUCAUUGUGACUUCAUGGCCAACCUUGAGUAACAGCAGGUCUUCUGUGGGAGAAGUUGCUGGAGUCCAACCCCGGAAGUAGCAAGUGCCUCUCCCACAGCUGAGGGCCAGAACACCACGUUCUCUUGUGCUCUGGCUCUAGGCCACUCUUCUCUGGGCUCUUGAGAAGAGCUGCUGCAGGCAUUUGCAGAGUGAAUGAGCUCUGACUGAGACUUGACUUCAGACCCACUGGGCUGGCCUGGCCUCUUGACACAGCAACACACUGCUUCUUGCCUUCCAGUUUCCAAAACAAACAGUGGAGGCAGUGACCGGCUGGGUAUUCACUGGAUGCAACAGGAUGGCUCUGAGCUCUCGGGCGCGUGCCUUUUCCGUGGAAGCCUUGGUGGGGAGACCCAGCAAAAGAAAAUUCCAAGACCCAAUACAGGAGGAGCAGCCUGAGCUGCAGGAGAAAAAGGGCGGAGAGGAAGAGGAGGAGAGAAGGAGCAGCGCUGCAGGGAAGAGCGAGCCGCUUGCAGAAAAACAACCUAAGACAGAGCCCUCAACAUCUGCUUCCUCUGGCUGCGGCAGCGACAGCGGCGACGGCAACAGCUCUGAAAGUCUGGAAGAGAAAGAUAUUCAAAUGGAACUUCAAGGAUCUGAACUGUGGAAGAGAUUCCAUGACAUCGGGACUGAGAUGAUCAUUACUAAAGCGGGCAGGCGGAUGUUCCCCUCUGUUCGGGUCAAGGUGAAAGGGUUGGAUCCAGGGAAGCAGUACCAUGUGGCCAUCGAUGUGGUGCCAGUGGAUUCCAAACGCUAUAGGUACGUGUAUCACAGCUCACAGUGGAUGGUAGCCGGGAAUACAGACCAUUUGUGCAUUAUUCCUAGAUUCUAUGUUCACCCGGACUCACCCUGCUCGGGAGAGACCUGGAUGCGGCAGAUCAUCAGCUUUGAUCGCAUGAAACUCACCAACAAUGAGAUGGAUGACAAAGGCCACAUCAUUCUGCAAUCCAUGCAUAAGUACAAACCCCGAGUGCACGUGAUAGAGCAAGGCAGCAGUGUUGACCUGUCUCAGAUUCAGUCCUUGCCCACUGAAGGUGUUAAAACAUUCUCCUUUAAAGAAACUGAGUUCACCACAGUAACGGCUUACCAAAACCAACAGAUUACGAAACUAAAAAUAGAAAGAAAUCCUUUUGCUAAAGGAUUUAGAGACACUGGAAGAAACAGGGGUGUAUUGGAUGGGCUUUUAGAGACCUACCCAUGGAGGCCUUCUUUCACUCUCGAUUUUAAAACCUUUGGCGCAGACACACAAAGUGGAAGCAGUGGCUCAUCUCCAGUGACCUCUAGUGGAGGGGCCCCCUCUCCUUUGAACUCCUUACUUUCUCCACUUUGCUUUUCACCUAUGUUUCAUUUACCUACAAGCUCCCUUGGAAUGCCCUGUCCAGAGGCGUACCUGCCCAAUGUCAACCUGCCUCUAUGCUACAAGAUUUGUCCAACUAAUUUUUGGCAACAGCAACCUCUUGUUUUACCGGCUCCUGAAAGACUAGCAAGCAGCAACAGUUCUCAGUCUUUAGCCCCACUCAUGAUGGAAGUGCCUAUGUUAUCUUCCCUGGGGGUCACCAAUUCAAAAAGUGGUUCAUCUGAAGACUCCAGUGAUCAGUAUCUACAAGCACCUAAUUCUACCAGUCAAAUGUUAUAUGGAUUACAGUCACCUGGAAAUAUUUUUCUGCCAAACUCCAUCACCCCAGAAGCACUCAGUUGCUCCUUUCAUCCUUCCUAUGACUUUUAUAGAUACAAUUUCUCUAUGCCAUCUAGACUGAUAAGUGGUUCCAACCAUCUUAAAGUGAACGACGACAGUCAAGUUUCUUUUGGAGAAGGCAAAUGUAAUCAUGUUCAUUGGUAUCCAGCAAUUAACCAUUACCUUUAGUAAGACAAUAGCAUUUCUAGAACAAUUACAUGUAAACAAAUAUUUUCUUUAUUUGUAGCCAAAGAAAUUUCAACAGUUAUUGGGCUUAAAAAGCAUCAUUACAAUACAGUAUUUCUUUGUUAUACAUUUAAAGAUUUAAAGUGCCUUAUCAAAUAAUAUUCAUGAAGAGUUGUUUAUAAUGUCAAAUGAAACCUAUAGGAAUCUCUGAUUACAAUGGCCUUGAGCUUCAAAAUGAGAUAUGCAAUAAAUAUUAUUUGAUGAUACUCCACCAGUGAAAAUUGAUGCUAAGUGAUGGGAUUUUCAAUUAUAGUGAAGCUAGUUCACCACGUUAACUGCAUUUUACACAUUGACAAUGACAAAAAGAAGAUGGAUGUAAUUCUCAUGAAAGCAGUGAAGCAAUUUCAGUUUUAACAAUGAAGAUUGGCUUUCAUGUAAUUAUCUAGUAGUUGUAGUAGAAAAUUUAAUUAUUUGUUUGCCUUAUGCCUUUAUACUUUGCUGUUGAAGAAACUACUAAUCUCAAUUUAAGAUACAAAUAAGGACACAAACGUUCAAGUAUUAUAUUUUAUUUAUCUUUGUAGCCUAAAGACCAUUUAAUCUUGAAGGAACACAAAGAUCAAAUGAAAAGUAAAACACUCUAAAUAAAUUUGCUUUUAUUUUC